AGGCCAAAGCUUCAACGCAAGGUAAGCACUUCAAGUCGGUCUUCAUCGUUGCGACACGCAUGAAUGGUGACACUGGCUGGCCAUGGCUAAUAUGAUGGUCGUAGGUAUUUGCCUGCGGCAUGGCUGCUCCACACAUCCCAGGCGUCUUCGGCGGCGACCUACCAGAGAAGGAGCGGGAAGCGUACGAAGAGGGCCACGAUGCCGACAUCCAGGAACCGCAUGCGCUAGCUAAGGAGGCUGAGGUGUCUCCCAUCGACAAAGGAACCGAUGUAGAGCACCAGAGGGAGCACUCUGCGCCUUCAUCGGUAACAGGCACGGCCGACAUGGAGAAGGCGCAACCACACAUGACCGAAGCAGAGCAAGAAGAACAGGAUCCGAACAUCGUUGACUGGGAUGGCCCAGAUGACCCAGCGAACCCGCAAAACUGGUCACCACGGAAGAAGUGGUCGAACAUUGCUGUACUUUCGAUCCUUACGCUGCUUACGCCCCUGGCAUCAUCCAUGUUCGCUCCGGGCGUGCCUGAAGUCAUGGCGGACUUCGAGUCGGACAACCAGAGCUUGGCUACCUUCGUCGUCUCCGUGUACCUUCUAGGCUUCGCUUUCGGGCCAUUGAUAAUUGCUCCGCUGAGCGAACUGUACGGAAGAGUGAUGGUCUACCACGUCUGCAACGUUGGCUUCAUAGCGUGGACAGUUGCUUGCGCUCUCGCGACUGAUAUGAAUAUGCUCAUCGGCUUCCGGUUCAUGGCUGGUGCAUUCGGCAUCGCGCCCAUUACCAAUGGUGGCGGCACCAUUGCGGACAUGAUGCCUCCUGAGCAGCGUGGCGCGGCCAUGUCAAUAUGGGCACUCGGACCUCUUAUCGGACCUGUCAUUGGCCCUGUCGCUGGUGGCUUCCUGGCCAAAGCCGAGGGCUGGAGGUGGAUCUUUUGGGUUAUCGCCAUGGCGGUCGGCGUAAUGUCUAUCGCUGGCCUCUUCGUGAUGCGCGAAACAUACGCUACUACCCUCCUUCAAAGGAAGACGAAGCGCCUGCAGAAGGAGACAGGCAACAUGAAUCUCCGAUCGAAGCUAGACUCUAACCUGGACGCAAAGACUCUGUUCAUCCAAGCGAUCGUACGGCCAACGAAGCUGCUGUUCCUGUCACCUAUCUGCGGCUUCAUGGCGUUGUACAUGGCAUUCAUCUAUGCCAUUUUGUACUUGCUUUUCACGACGUUCACUUUCGUCUUCGAAGAUUCUUACCACUUCUCGGAGAGCACCGUCGGCCUUGUCUAUAUCGGCUGCGGCAUCGGUAUGCUUCUGGGUUUGCUCAUGCUAGGCGUGUCUAUCGAUCCGCUCAUGAAGCGCCUCGCGAAUAAGCAUAACGAUGGCAAGAUCAAGCCGGAGUAUCGCUUGCCAAUAUUGAUGUACACCGGGUGGACCAUUCCCUUCGGCCUGUUCCUGUAUGGUUGGACCGCUCAAUAUGAGAUACACUGGGCGGUCCCGCUUCUUGGCACACUCUUCGUCGGCAUUGGGCUGAUCGCGGCCUUCAUGUGCGUGAUCACGUACUUGGUCGACAGCUUCGGCCGAUACGCUGCGUCUGCGACUGCGGCGAACACGGUGCUGCGCUCCAUCUUCGGCGCUGUCUUUCCCCUCUUCGCACUCCAGCUUUACGACAGACUUGGGCUAGGCUGGGGCAACAGCCUCAUUGCCUUUAUCGCGUUGGCCCUCUGCCCGAUUCCGUUCUUGUUCUAUUGGUAUGGCGAAAGACUUCGUACACAUCCGAAGUUCCAGGUUAAGCUUUGAGUGGCAUAACUGCGAGAAGUAUAAUAUGCAGACUCUCCGUAGCGGACAAAUGCUCGAGAUUGGGAUCCUUACCAUGAUCCUAAAUCACAAAGGCUCCCAACGAACACGACUUCUAGUUGACAUGCAGCGGCAACAGCCCGGAAAGCCGUAGGUGUCC